AUGAAGUCCACCAUCGUCGCACUUGUCCUGUUCGCAGCUAUUGCCACUCAAUCCUUGGCACUGCCCACUGAUUGUGUCAAGCAUAGCUCCAACGUGGAUCGUCAUACCGUUCGGCUGUACGAUUGUGAUGGGCUUAACUACGAGCUGGGCUCAAAUUGUUUGUCGAAGUACUUCCACCCGACGGAAGUUUUGGACUAUCCUCGGCGAAGCUGCAACUGUGGCAGUUGUCACUCCUGCAGAAACUCGCAUUACCCAUAUCGUUACGGAUUUCCCGCGUAUUGGCGUGGUCGGGUAUUCUGA